AAGCUCAGACCCGUUAUAUUAUUAUUCAUACCGUAUCUGCGCGACGGCAACCAAGGAGCCCCGUCUUCCCCUUGGAUACGUACAGCUUUUGACAAACAUCUGCCACUCACUCGGGAAUCGCUCGCCUAAACAAAAAGGACUUAUUGCUUGUUAACCGCAUUCUUCUGGUUUCUUCUACAUUUUUGAAGGGAAAUAAAAAGUAACAUUUUGAACAAGACACAUCUCCGUUUUUACAAAGGAUGCGAUGAAAAAGAGGAAAAAGUAUUCGAUGUGAAGUUGGAAUAAUUCCGCUGGACGGAAAUCUUAAUGUUGCUGUUUAAAUUCAUUCAGGGUUGGUAAAGAUCUCCGUACUAUGUAAUGAUACAUUUGUUUACCACGCACGUACGAAACUGUACAACGAGGGGCACUUGCGUUUUUUUCAAAUCGAGUUGAAUUACCUACGUCAUACCUGGAUUUGUAAUAUCGAACGUCAUUUUAAAGCUUACUUCACCAAACUAUUUUUAUUCAGGCUAUCUGAUAGAUCGAUUUGUGUGCUGAUGCCAACAGCUCCAGACUGCCUUCAUGGCCGGAUCAUGAAGUGUUUGACUUUCUUCCUUUUACUUCCAGAAACCCUGAAAAAAUCUAAAAAAGGUGGGAAACAUCCCAGCAAGCUGCCGGUAUGCUAUGAGAUUGUAACUCUAUCCUUGAAGAAGAAGAUGGCUGCAGAACUGUACCCUGCCAGCACAAACACCAACCUCCCCAAUAACGGCACUACAGUGACUGCUACAAACAAGAAAAACAUUGUCCAAGUCACGCAGAAUACAACCGCCGCAACGACUACCACCAGCCAGCAAAAUAUCAAUAACAACAACGUCGAAACUUCAAACUGGCAGUCGUCCCAUCCGACGCUGCGGGAAAGGAAUGCCUUAAUGUUCAAUAACGAACUCAUGGCCGAUGUUCAUUUCAUCGUCGGUCCCCCGGGUGAAUCACAGAAAGUACCGGCGCACAAGUAUGUAUUGGCGGUGGGCAGUUCCGUUUUCUGUGCCAUGUUUUAUGGGGAUCUUGCGGAGGGAGAGUCUGAAAUUCAUAUCCCAGAUGUGGAACCUGCUGCUUUUCUUAUCCUGUUAAAGUAUAUGUACAGUGAUGAAAUUGACCUCGAGGCUGACACAGUGCUGGCCACUCUGUAUGCUGCAAAGAAGUAUAUCGUGCCUGCCCUGGCAAAGGCUUGCGUCAACUUCCUGGAGACGAGCCUAGAGGCGAAGAACGCGUGCGUGCUGCUAUCCCAGAGCCGGCUGUUUGAGGAGCCGGAACUCACCCAACGCUGCUGGGAGGUCAUCGACGCGCAGGCCGAGCUGGCGCUCAAGUCCGAGGGCUUCUGCGAGAUCGACCUGCAGACGCUGGAGAUCAUCCUGACCCGAGAGACCCUCAACACCAAGGAGGUGGUGGUCUUCGAGGCCAUUUUGAACUGGGCCGUAGCCGAGUGCAAGCGACAAGGGCUGGGGGUGACCACCCGCAACAAGAGGAACGUCCUAGGCAAGGCGCUGUACCUGGUCCGGAUACCCACCAUGACACUGGAGGAGUUCGCCGACGGGGCCGCCCAGUCGGACAUCCUGACGCUGGAGGAGACGCACGACAUCUUCCUGUGGUACACGGCGGCCAACAAGCCCAAGCUGGACUUCCCUCAGACCCAGAGGCUGGGGCUCAGCCCGCAGCGUUGCCACCGCUUCCAGUCUUCGGCCUACCGCAGCAACCAGUGGCGGUACCGGGGCCGCUGCGACAGCAUCCAGUUCGCCGUGGACAAGCGGGUCUUUAUCGCGGGGCUGGGCCUGUACGGGUCCAGCGGCGGGAAGGCCGAGUACAGCGCCAAAAUCGAACUGAAGCGCCAGGGAGCCACCCUGGCGCAGAACUUGACUAAUUUCGUAUCGGACGGGUCCAGCAGCACCUUCUCGGUGUGGUUCGAGCACCCGGUCCAGGUGGAGCAGGAUACGUUCUACACGGUCAGCGUGGUUCUGGACGGGAACGAGCUCAGCUACUUUGGGCAGGAGGGCAUGACGGAGGUGCAGUGUGGGAAGGUGACGUUUCAGUUCCAGUGCUCCUCGGACAGUACCAACGGAACGGGAGUGCAGGGGGGGCAGAUCCCAGAGCUGGUGUUCUACGCAUGAGUCAUGCAAGCGCAUCCGUAUUUAACUGCAUUCCACCACUGCUAGAGAAGCACAUGGGGAAAAAGUCAAAACAGUUUUUGCCUUCUUAAUAAUGUAGCAGUAAGAAACUAUGUAACACUAAAAGCCUGUUAAAAUCUUGACAGUCUGUCCAAGAACUAAGUGAAGGAAUGCUCUUCGACUAUUUAUUUGAAAAAGAACUGAUAUUCGAUUCUAAUUAUUAAUGCUGCGGCAUGCAGUCCUGUGUAAAAAGUUGUGUUGCACUUCUAAUGGACGACUCCCGUUAGUGCAUUGUGUUUUGUACAUAAAUUAAGGCUAAUUUGUUCACAGCUUGAAGCUGAUCGACAAAAGAAAUGUUCUGUAUUAGAGCUUAUGAACCUGCAAACCAUAAAAAGUUUUUAUGUGGCUACA